AACAUUACCAUUCACGCUCCAUACUUGUACUACCAUGCGCCAUCCCCACCACCAACGCCACUAAUCAACAUUCAGACACGUUUCUGGUCAUUAUCAUAUUAUCCGAUAUAGACUAUAUAGUAAGUGUGAAAGAAGCUACCAGAAUGUCGAAAAGCCUGGAAAAUGCAACCUCUUCAAUGCUUAUAUAUAGAGGCACAUACCUUAACCUUUUACACUCGAGAAGCAUUGGUCUCUCAUAAAGAGUACUGAUAAGUACAUAGAGGAAAUGGCCAGCUCUAGACUGAUUGGUGUUGUGUUUUUGGCUUUGCUCUUUGUGGACCUUGCCUUUGCUGUCAGGUCAUCAAAGGCGAUAGACGGUAAAAGUGGUGGCGGUGGAGGUGGAAGUGGAGGUGGAGGUGGAGGUGGUAGUGGUUCAGGAGUUGGGUCGGGUUCAGGUUUCGGGUCUGGGAGUGGGAGUGGUUUUGGAUAUGGUACUGCAGGAGGAGGAGGUGGUGGUGGUGGUAAGGGAGGAGGGGGAGGUGGUGGAAUCGGGGGAUCUGGAUAUGGGUCUGGAGGCGGGUCUGGUUAUGGUUCAGGAUAUGGAUCUGCUGAUGGUAUCGGAGGUGGUGGAGGAGGAGGCAAAGGAGGCGGAGGAGGUGGAGGCUCAGGAAAUGGAGGUGGGUCUGGUUAUGGCUCGGGAUAUGGGAGUGGAUCUGGCAGUGGGGGUGGUAGGGGUGGUAGGGGUGGAGGUGGUGGAGGAGGUGAAGGAGGCGGGGGAGGUGGAGGCUUAGGGAAUGGAGGUGGGUCUGGUUAUGGCUCGGGAUAUGGGAGUGGAUUUGGCAAUGGGGGUGGUAGGGGUGGAAGUGGUGGAGGAGGUGGUGGUGGUGGUGGAGGCGGUGGAGGUGGUGGUAGUGGCGGUUCUGGCUAUGGGUUAGGCUCGGGCUAUGGUUCAGGCUAUGGCUCUGGUGGAGGUGACAAUGAUUUCCCAUAA